UUACGAUUUAGUAUAUUUAAAAAUUUAGCUGAAGGGACAAUUUUUGGACAUAAUGAAAUAUUAAAAGUUCUUUUAUUCAUUAAGACUACAUAGAUGAAAAUGUAUCUGAAAAUGUAUAUGUAUGUAUACAACUUAACCAAUACAUACGUAUUACAUAUACAAAGUGGACAUAUCCAUAAAGAUACUUAAGAAAUAUAUAUAUAUAUAUACAUAUAUGUUAUAAAGCGUUAAAUAUAGUGUGUAAGAUAUUAUUGCAUGUGGUUAAGUGUAAAGUCUAUAAUUGUAAAUCAAAAAGUUUAUCUAAUAUUACUUUCCAUUACAAACUCCACCUCAAAUUGAUGAAAAUGAUAGCUUAUUCUUUUUCUUCAAUAAGUGAUCUAUAUUUUCAUUCAUCCAUGUUUACUCAGGCAACUGCUUCAUUUACAUAAGUUGUGCCAUUUUAAUACUUCAACCGUAUGCUACGCAUGUGAUUUUGGAAAUGUUGCCGGAGCAAGGAGUAUGGCAGCUCAUAUGGCUAGUCAACACGAUCAGCUAAAUCCAUUGGCUAGACAUCUCGUUGAUAGUAAACAGGGUUUUAUAUGCCCUGUUUGUCUUCAAAAAUUUACUGCCGACGCCACCAUUGCCAGUCAUUGGGCAAGUCACGUUGAAAAAGAGUCGGCGCACUUUGCUUGCAAGUUGUGCGCUUUAGAAUUCAGCAAUGUAAAAGCAUUAACUGCUCAUCUGUCCUCCUCCCGACAUCGGGAAAUGAAGGUGAAAAUGCAGAGCAUCUUCGUUUGCUGCGAUUGCCACGCAGUCUUCGCUACUCGCGACUCUUACGCAAUGCAUAUGAUGGUGAGGGCCCAAAAUGAAACUUGUAAGAGUUCAUCUGCUCCACCAAAUUUCAUUGAACAACUUAUAUCGGCUGCUAAACCUCUUCCUAUUGGACAGUUGAACUUAAAUCUCCCUCUUCCUACAUCCAACGCGACGCUUUCCGAUACUUUAGCACUUCAGAUGCUAGCUAAAAUACAGGCUGAUGAGAAACAAAACCACGUUUGUCCUCAUUGUAAAACAGUGUCCUUUUCUUCUAUUGAUAGUCUGGCUAUGCAUGUAAUGCUAAAACACCCAAAAGAUGGCGGAAUGGUAGAUAAAACGGAACACAUUGGAUUGAAAAGAAGAAUAUCCUUUCCAAUGGAAGAGGAGAGAAAAAAAAUAAGAAAUUCUAGAUCGGUAUCUCCGACCUUUCUCAGAUCGGAGAUUCACCUAAGGUGUCAAACUUGCUCAGACGAAUUCGACAGUAACUUGGCUCUUUUCGAGCAUGUUAGGUCUUUUCAUCUGAAUGUUAAUAAAUCUCCAAUUCGAUGUGAUGUAUGCGACCUGGAUCUAUCUACAAAAUUCGCUCUCAAAGUUCACGAAGAAUCUGACGAGCAUAAAAUGAAAGAAAAGAACGAGGAACCUCGAAAGAGGAAACGGAAAUCCGCUCCUACCCCUCGAUCAGCUUUCUCUGGUACAGAAACACCGAUUAGCACGAACUCUGAAUCAAACGUGGAAUCAGUAGAAAGAAAGGAUGAAGAGGAAGAUGUUUUAGAAUUUCUGUUGUCAAAUUCCAAGAAUGUAACCAUGUGUAAAUUUUGUAAGGUCGUGUUUAUAGAUCGUACACUUUACCAACUUCAUAUGGGUCUACAUAAUGUAAACAACCCGUGGCAGUGUAAUCUAUGUGGCAAAGUCAGCAAUGAUGUUCACGACUUUUCUUCUCACGUUAUUACAUCGUUACAUUAUUAGAAAUAGAUAGUUAACAAUAUAGUAAAUAUACCAGAAAAUAUAUAAAUGUAUAUACAAAAUAUAUACAUGUAUAUUGCGUAGUUGUAUACUCUACAUUUAUAUAUUUAUAUACAAAUGUGUAAAUAAAACGAAUUGUCUAGUUUCAAAAGGGUACGCGAUAUGCGGGACGAGUGUGUGCUUUACAUCUAUAGUCUUUUUCGUAUAAAAUUAAAUGAUUUGAGUGAAUUAAUUUUAUACACAAGUUACUACUCUAGUAAAAGAAACAAGAGAAACUUUAUAUCGUUUGUUUGUUUGUUUGUUUUUAUUUAGAUAUGUUUGAAAGAUUACCUUAUUUAUUAUUUAUUAAACUCUUUUUUUUUCAUUUUACACG